GUAAAAACCUGACGUUUCGUGGUUAUGAUUUCACAUCGAUUCCGAAGAGUUAGUUGGAUAGCUAUCUAGGAUACAAGAUAAUACCAAAAGGACUGUUCCAGAUGACACGGGCCAAACCGGAGGACGAUGACUGGAACAGCUCUAAGAUCCAUGCUUUUACGUUUGACGAUGAUGAUGACGAAUUUACUAAGCUGAAGGAAUCAAAACGCGCCGUGUCCAGCAUCCUUGUUGAUGAUGAUGAUGAUGAUGAUGAUGAUGAUGACGAUGAUGUUGAGAAGGUCAGCUGGAGUGGGGAGCCAGUCGGAAGUAUCUCCUGGUCUGUCAAAGAGACAGCAUCCAGCAUCCGUUCAGGUGGGGAACACGGAUUUCCAAAAAUCAAUACCGCCCCUUCUUUGCCCAAACAAGGUUCUGGUUACUCCUUGAGCUCCUUGUUCAAAGCAAAAAGCAGGCCGUUCCAGUCAUUUUCUGAAUCUUUUUCUGAAGCAUCUACCAGAGUAUAUGCACCAGAACUGCGCAAACCAAAGUCUGAGUGCAAGGACUAUUUCAGUGACUGGAGCCCUGAGGAAACAGUGAAGAGAAUGCGGAAAGGCAAGGUGUAUUCUUUGGAGAGAUUCCGCUCUCUGCAGGACAAACUGCUGUUGUUGGAUGAAGCAGUCAGUGCACAUGAUGGAAACGUCAUCACUGCCGUCUUAAUAUAUUUAAAGAAAUCAUUAAGUAAAGAAAUCUUCUUCCAAGAGUUAAUGGUGAGGGAAAUAGCUUUGCGACAUUAUGUCCACUAUCUGAAAGAGAUGGAAGAACAGAAGACUUUGGUGGAGCUAAUGAAGGCUCUGCGCAGAACAGAGGAUAUAGCGUUGAUGCAGUACAAGGAGCACUUGAGUAUUAAGGAUGAAAACCAAAGGAGGGACUUCCUUAAAACCUGUAUGAGGCUUCCUUUCUCACAGGAUGAUGCGAUUCAUGUGCAAGACCACUACACGCUCCUGGAAAGACAGAUCAUCAUAGAGGCUACUGACAAGAAGGGUGAGGCAGAGAUUUUUAAGAAGUUCCCCAGAAAAGCCUCCAUCUUGAAUAUGCCCAUCAUCACAACCCUGUACUACUCCUGCUUCUACCACUACGGAGAGUCAGAGGGUACUUUCAGCAGUCCAGCUAACAUCAGGAGUACAUUUAGGAUUUCGGAGAAGCAGUACAUCCUUACUGCUCUUGGAGCCAGGGCAAAGUUGAAAUCCUGGUUUGAUGUGGAUAGUUUAUUUAACACCAAGAACUGGUUGGGUUACACCAAGAAGAGGUCCCCCAUUGGGUUUCACAGGGUGGUGGAUAUCCUACAGAAAAACAAUGCUCCUGUACAGGUGCUGAAAGACUAUGUUAGCCUGAUUGAUGAUGCAGAGCUGAAGCUCAGCCUCGCUCAGAAGUACAAAUGUCAUGACAUCGUCAUUGAGAUGUACAGAGACCUGAAGGACCGGCAACAGCUGAUUGUGUACCAGGGGAAAGUAGAGCGUGGUUCACAUGAGGACCGAAAGAUUGACCAGCUUCUUGGUAACAUGCAAAUCAGGUGGAAAAACUGACUCUUGUAUAAUGUAGGAAACAUCCCUGUCGCAGUUGGGAUGGAGAGCUUUUUAUACAGACUGUUUAAAAUGACUGCUCUCAGAAGUUUCAUCUGACCGGACAAGUUACAGGUUGAGACACUGAAAAGGCUGCAAAACAAUGGCUACUCUGAAAUGGCUUCAAAGUUCUUGACCAGCCUCUCUACUUCUGCAGCGAUGGUGAGACAAAGCAACUAGUUCGUGGAGAUCGAACAAACAACUCCAUACUUCGUCCAUUUACUUCAUGCUAUUUUCCAUUUACAUUUUUGCCUUCCCAGAUUAUUAUGGUUCUAGAGCUGCCAGUUGUAUUUUUUGCCAUCAACAGUUUAACAUUAACAUGCAUUUUAAAAUGAAGUGCAAUAUCGCGAACUGCUCAGUGGUGCAAGAAUCCCACCGCCAACAUAAUUUAGAAUGCCAUGUGUCCAUGUAUGAACAUUACUGAUUAACAGCUUCUUUUAUAUAAAAAUGUUAAAAUAAAAUCGUUUAAUAAACCAUCUUUGAACUGACA